GCGCCAUGGAGCGCUACGAGAAGCUGGGCAAAGUCGGCGAGGGCUCCUACGGGGUAGUUUUCAAGUGCCGCAACAAGGACACGGGCCAAAUCGUGGCCAUCAAGAAGUUCCUGGAGUCCGAGGAGGACCCGGUGAUCCGCAAGAUCGCCCUGAGGGAGAUCCGCAUGCUCAAGCAACUGAAACACCCCAACCUGGUGAACCUGCUGGAGGUGUUCAGGAGGAAGCGCCGGCUGCACCUCGUCUUCGAGUACUGCGAGCACACGGUUCUGCACGAGUUGGACCGGCACCCCCGGGGGGUGCCAGAGCAUCUUGUGAGGAGCAUAACCUGGCAGACUCUGCAAGCUGUGAACUUCUGCCAUAAACACAAUUGCAUCCACCGGGAUGUAAAGCCAGAAAACAUCCUGAUAACAAAGCACUCAGUCAUCAAACUCUGUGACUUUGGAUUUGCCCGCAUUCUGANUGGGCCGAGCGAUUAUUACACAGACUACGUGGCUACGAGGUGGUACCGCUCUCCAGAGCUGCUCGUGGGAGACACCCAGUACGGCCCCCCCGUGGACGUGUGGGCCAUCGGCUGCGUCUUUGCGGAGCUGCUCUCCGGGGAGCCCCUGUGGCCUGGCAGGUCGGACGUGGACCAGCUCUACCUCAUCCGGAGGACCCUGGGGGAUCUUAUUCCCAGGCACCAGCAAGUAUUCAGCACCAACCAGUACUUCAGUGGGGUAAGAAUUCCAGACCCAGAGGACACGGAGCCGUUAGAAGUGAAAUUCCCCAAUAUUUCAUACCCUGCUUUAGCACUCAUGAAGGCUUGCCUUCAUAUGGACCCUGCAGAGAGGCAGACAUGUGAGCAGUUACUGCAGCAUCCCUACUUUGACAGCAUUAGAGAAGCAGGAGAACCGGGGAAAGAACAUGAAAAAGCGUCUCGGAAACCAGCCAGGCUGCCUCGGAAGCACGUGCCAGGGUUACAGUAUCUGCCUCAGUUAACCAGUAGUAACAUUCUACCAGCUUUGGACAACAAGAAGUACUUCUGCAAAACAAGGAAAUCAAACUACCAUUUCCCUAACAUCUAACUGGACGGCAGAAGAACAUGAACUAUUUAUUGCUCAAAAUCCAAGUCAUUCUGAGUUUAUAAAAGGAGGAUAUGUAGUCAAAAACUAAAUCAAUGUACAUUAUGAUAAAUACAAAAGUGGUCUGCAAAGUUAUGUAUUCUGGGCCACGAAAGGAGGGACAGUGAUGCACAGAAAGAAUUCCAGGUUCAUGUUAGUCAGUGUUCAGUGUACAAAGGAACAUACAUUUUUCCUGCUUUAAUUCACGAUUGUUUACUGGUUCAGAAUUACUGCAAAGCAGCGUUUGCAGCGUGCACUUACAAACUCCUCCCUUGCUUGUAUUUCAGACUUGGCAGCAGAGGUGCUGCCAUGCCAAAUAAACUAG